AUGGCUGAUCUCGCGAGCCGCAUCACCAAGCCCGACAACAAGCCGGCCGACGCUGCGCCCGCGUCCGGUGCUGACGCCACGGCUCCUACAUCGACGGCCGAUGCUCAAGUCGAUGGCGCGCCCGAAGCUCUGGGCGGCUCCGGCCUGCAGGAGCCCGAGUGGGAUGUCGAGGUCUCUCUGAGCGAUCUCCAGAACAACGAGGCGACGCCUUUCCACUCAGCUACCACCUGGGAGGACCUUGGCCUCUCCCCAGACAUCCUCAAGGGUCUGCUGGCCCUCAACUUUCUGAAGCCGUCCAAGGUGCAGGGCAAGUCGCUGCCACUCAUGCUGUCUGACCCGCCUCGGAACAUGCUCGCGCAGUCGCAGUCGGGCACGGGCAAGACGGGCGCGUUUGUCACCGCGAUAUUGUCGCGCGUCGACUUUAAGCAGCCUCAAGUCCCGCAGGCGCUCGCGCUCGCGCCGAGUCGCGAGCUCGCUCGUCAGAUUGAGGGCGUCAUCACGGCCAUCGGUCGCUUCAUCCCGGAUCUCAAGGUAGCGGCCGCUAUCCCCGGCGCGCUGCCCCGCGGUGAGCCCGUCCGCGCAGCCGUUAUUGUCGGCACGCCUGGCACCGUCAUGGACAUUAUCCGCCGCAAGCAGCUGGAUGCCUCGACGCUCAAGGUGCUUGUGCUUGACGAGGCCGACAACAUGCUGGACCAGCAGGGUCUCGGCGACCAGUGCAUGCGCGUCAAAGGCAUGCUCCCCAAAACAAUUCAGACACUUUUAUUCUCCGCGACGUUUCCAGACAAGGUUAACAACUACGCGGGAAAGUUUGCGCCGAACGCGCACACGCUCAAGCUCCAGCGCAGUGAGCUCACGGUCAAGGGCAUCUCCCAAAUGUUUAUCGACUGCCCCGACGAUAAUACCAAGUACGACGUGCUAUGCAAGCUGUACGGCUUGAUGACGAUUGGACAGUCUGUCAUUUUUGUCAAGACAAGAGAAAGUGCCAACGAGAUUCAGCGCCGCAUGGUUGCGGACGGCCACAAGGUGUCUGCACUGCACGCCGCGUUUGAUGGCGGCGAGCGAGAUGACCUGCUGACCAAGUUCCGCACGGGCGAGAACAAGGUCCUGAUCACGACCAACGUGCUGGCACGCGGCAUCGACGUCUCGUCGGUGUCGAUGGUGAUCAACUACGACAUCCCGAUGAAGGGGCGCAACGACGAGGAGCCCGACUACGAGACAUAUCUCCACCGUAUUGGCCGUACCGGACGAUUCGGGCGUGUCGGUGUCAGUAUCAGCUUCGUCUACGACAAGAAGAGCUUCGACGCGCUCAGCAAGAUUGCGGACCAGUUCGGAAUCGACCUGGUGCACCUAGACACGGAUGACUGGGACGAGGCCGAGACGCGCGUCAAAGAGGUGAUCAAGAAGAAUCGCGCGCAGGCCAAUUACGCGCCGAGUGCGACGGACAAGCCAGGCCAGCCGGCACCUUCGGCACCGGCGGCAGCCUAG